UUUAAAUAAUAGAUUAGUAGAACCUUUUUUCUUAGAGUUAAAAAGUUAUGCUCUCUGCCUCAGCUUUGUCUUGUAAAGAGAGGGAAAUGACAAGAGAGAUAAAUCUGAAAGUUUGACAUAGUUGGAGUAAAAUAUUGCAAGCAUUAGCUGUUAUUAGUUUAAGUUUGGUGAAUUUCUUAAGUCAUUAAGAUAUAUAUAUGUGCAUGUAACUUCCUCCAUGUCGCGGUAUGAAUAGUUUAAAAUGCUUAGAAUCCUACUACGAUAUUAACUUGGAUUGACCAUUUUAGAUAAAUAGUUUGGACCUGAAAAAGAAUUGGGACAAUUAGAGUUGGGUUGAUAUAGGUGAUACCGGAAUCGAUCUUGGCUCUGUUGUACGGACCCUGGAAUCGAAUUAACCAUAGGGAUGCGGUAUGGGUUUAAGUUAGUCGCAAUGAGCAAGUUGCGAUUAUAAAGGGGUUUUCUAGUGGCUUGCUCCUGAAAGUUGCUUAAUUUUAUAUUUGGUUAUUUUGGUUUAGGAGUACCCACCAACCAGGUUAGCAUUAGUUGCAUCAACUAUUGACUAUGCAAAAAUACUCAAAACAGCCAUGCAUAGUAAAGCAAAAGGAUUUACUCUUUCUUGCAGACUUUUUCUUUUAUAUAUAUCUUACAUUCCAACCCAUUUCUCCCACCAAAUUCUAUCAUUCAAGCUAGCUAGAUAAUUCAACAAUGGCACCUCUCUCUAAUUCCAAGUUUUUCAUUUUCCAGUUUGCUGUUUCGGUUUCUAUCUUCAUCUUUAGCAGUUGCUUCUAUGCUAGUAGUGACCCUCCUUUAACAUUGGACUACUAUGCUUCUACUUGCCCUUCUGUCUUUGAUAUUAUCAGGAAAGAAAUGGAAUGUGAAAUGCUUGCUGAUCCGCGUAAUGCAGCUCUUGUACUUCGAUUACAUUUUCAUGACUGCUUUGUCCAGGGAUGUGAUGGAUCGGUUUUGCUAGAUGACACAAUAACCUUGCAAGGAGAGAAGAAAGCUUCACCGAAUGUGAACUCUCUAAUUGGUUUUAGAAUCAUUGAUAAGAUCAAGAACAAAGUGGAAUCUGAGUGUCCUGGAAUUAUCUCCUGUGCGGAUUUACUUACAAUUGCUGCAAGAGACGCGGUGAUUCUGGUUGGCGGACCGUACUGGGAUGUUCCUGUUGGAAGGAAAGAUUCAAAGACUGCAAGCCUUGAACUUGCAACUGCAAAUAUACCAACUGCAGAUGAAGGUUUUCUAUCUAUCAUCUCCAAGUUUCUUUAUCAGGGCCUUUCUGUCACUGAUAUGGUAGCUCUAUCUGGUGCACACACUAUAGGCAUGGCAAGAUGCGCAAAUUUCCGGUCAAGGAUUUACGGAGACUUCGAGACAACUUCCGAUGGAAAUCCAAUAUCAAAGACAUACCUGGAAACCCUGAGAUCCACAUGUCCAGCUGCCGGAGGAGGAGACAAUAAUGUAUCAGCAAUGGACUAUGUGACACCGAACCUUUUCGACAAUUCUUACUAUCAGAUUCUGAUGAAAGGAGAAGGACUACUGAAUUCAGACCAAGAAUUGUACUCAAGCAUGCUUGGAAUUCAGACAAAACAACUUGUGAUUAAGUAUGCUCAUGAUCCUAUUGGUUUCUUCAAUCAAUUUUCAGAAUCUAUGGUGAAAUUGGGAAAUAUUACAAAUCCUGAGAGCUUUAUUGAUGGCGAAGUCAGAAAAAAUUGCAGGUUUGUUAACACAUGAGCUGGUAUUUACGCAUGGUUCUACAAUACAUUAAUUUGUAUUUGUUUGUCAUAGUUUUAUAUGUAUAACAGCCACCACAUACUUAAGUUUUAAUUAUUCCUAUUUAAUUUAUUUUAAUAGAUAAAUAUGAUGCUUGGUUUAUUUA